UUUCACGGUUAAUCCUAUUUUCGGUGCGAAGUCCGCCUCUCCAGCAGGCGCGUCACGUGGUCGCCGUCGCCGAGCGCGGCCGACGGACGGCCGACGGCCCGUUCUCGGCCGCCGGUCGCACGGGACGAGCCGAACUUCGGGCGGGCGAAAAACUCCGCCUCUGCUCGGACUCGUAACGCGACAUACGGGCCUUGUUUCGACGUGCAAAUGAACGAAUGACCUGCAAAAAAAAAAAAAGAAAAGAGGCGGAGUUGGAGCCUCGCUGCUCCUUGCGGUCGCGAUCUUCUCUCGUCUGCCUCGGAGGCUUCUGACAACCUGGAGUUUGUGUUGUCGCGGGCGAGGGGAUUCAUAGUCUGUGCGGGUAGCUUUCGCGUACAGCUGAAUAUCGAGGCUCCCGCCCUCGGAAUGCGUCCGCUCGAGUUGGACCGAUGCUGCCGUCUGCAAACAAUCCCACUUUGCGGGCUGCCGUCGGCCGGGUUCGGUUCGUCUUCUUCCGUGCGCAGCCCGUGUUGGCCACGACGGGGGAGGCCGCUCGCGCCGAAUAUUUGCCGAUGGAAAGAUUUGUUCAAAUGAAAGGGAUUCAUUGGACAUGAACGCACACACCAGCACACGCGCAGCAGCAUGCUUCCUGCAAUGCUGCGUCACGCCGACGGUUUGCUGCCGCCGCGCUCGUCCCUCCUCGACCCUCCCCCCGAUCUUCGGCAUGAAUUCUUCUCCGCUGGUGUCACGAGCUAACAUGGACAUCCUGGAUGAGCUGCAGCUGAUCACGGCCCAGAACCUGGAGAAGGUGGAGGUCAACAAGUAUUUCGAAGUGAUCAGAGAGCUGGGAAAGGGCACCUAUGGCAAGGUGGACCUGGUCAGCCACAAGAUCAGAGGUACCAAAAUGGCGCUGAAGUUCUUGAAGAAGAAGACGACCAAGCUGAAGUCGUUCCUGCGGGAGUACAGCAUCUCGCUCUACUUGUCUCCCUGCCCUUUCAUCAUCAACAUGUUCGGCAUCGCGUUCGAGACGGACGAGCACUACAUGUUCGCGCAGGAGUACGCGCUGGCGGGGGACCUCUUCGACAUCAUUCCCCCGCAGGUUGGUCUUCCCGAAGCAGUGGCAAAGCGCUGCGUGCACCAAGUAGCCAUCGCUUUGGAUUACCUGCACUGCAAGAAGCUGGUCCACAGGGACAUCAAGCCAGAAAACAUCCUUAUUUUUGACCGGGAGUGCCGCAAAGUCAAGCUGUCCGAUUUCGGCAUGACCCGUCGCGCCGGAUCACCCGUGAAACGAGUCAGCGGCACCAUCCCGUACACGGCCCCCGAGCUGUGCGACGCGUCCCGCCACGAGGGUUUCUGCGUGGACUACAGCACGGAUGUGUGGGCCUUCGGCGUGCUGCUCUUCUGCAUGUUGACCGGCAACUUCCCGUGGGAGAAGGCGCUGGCCUCCGACUCCUUCUACCAGGAGUUCGUCCGCUGGCAGAGGAGGAGGACGAACGCGGUGCCUUCCCAGUGGAGACGCUUCACCGAGCAGGCCCUGCGCAUGUUCCGCCGCCUGCUCUCGGUAGAGCAGGAGCGCCGCUGCUCCGUCAAAGAGGUCUUCGGAUACUUCAGCCACUCGUGGAUGCCGGACGGGGAGAACGACAAGAACGGCAACGGCAACGGGGCGAGCGGCGCCGGCGAGAGGGUCAGCGGCGGGGGUAAUGUGCGAGGGGAGGCCGACGACAAUAUGUGCUCAUCUUCAUCCGGGGAGGAAGACGAGGAACUCCUCGUGGAGCGGAUGAAGCAGCAGACUCUGUCCCCCUUGUCCCCCUUGCGCCCCCUCCCGCCGGCGGCGGCUACGGAUCGAGCGAGCGGCGGCGCGACCAAGGGCGCCGCGACGGAAGCGGGCGGGGGUCACCGUUUCGUGUCCGUGUCCACCGACAGCUCGAUGUCGUCGACGAACAGCUACGAGCGGAUGCCGCGGGAGAACGGCUCGCCGGGAGGCCGCGUGCUCGUGGCCACGCCCAUCGAGAUUUGCGUCUGAGCGCCUCGCCGACACUCUCGACGUUCAAUCUCGUCUCGCCGUCGUGCUCUUCUUCUCCCGCUCAUCCGACCGCGUACGGUCCGUAUGCAUGCACGGAAGAACCGGACGCUAAACGCCGCCGCCGUCGUCGUCGGAAUUGUGACGGACGAGCUCCGCAAAGUACGACAGAAGACCGAAAACGGCGUUCCCCAAGCAAUAUUUCCAAUAAAAAAAAAAAAAAGGAAGUCAGGAUGGAGCGUGACGUCUUCAGGCUCUUGAAACUCCCGGAAAAAGCUUGAAUUGUGUUGUACAGUCCCAAGACAAAGUUGAAAGAGGAAAUCUUUUCAAAUAUGUCACGCGUCGCUCUGUUUCAGGAACUGUUGGUUUUGGUUUUGGUUUUGGUUUUUUGCCACCACAUUCGAGCGGUGAUUUUCAGUCAGAAUAUUCGGGCUCUCAUUCAACCCAUUCUUGGUUACAGUCGAAUUCUGCACUUUGAACACCUCUAUUUCACACUAUGUUAUACUCGCUCUCGUGUUCCCCCCAAAACAUACAUUUUGAUUUAUGUUCAACUCUGCUCCCCCCACUCCACCCCUCCCCAAAAAAUACAUGCAUGAUGAGUAGCUCAGCAACUUUACGCACACAAAAUGUUGUCGUAGAAUCUUUUGACGUAGCACAAAUUUCGCAUUCCGUCCAAGAGGGACUGUCAUAUGAUCUCGUGAGAUGUUUUAGGGCUAAAACAAAAAACAAAACAAAAAAAGAUCAAUAUUAGUUUCUAUUCCGUGUGUUUGUAUUCAUGUCUUGUAUUCACAUCACCGCUUUCAGGAACCGGGAAGAAGAAGAAGAAGAAAAAAACCAAAAGAGCCGCACAUGACGAAACCGCUCACGAGGGUCGGGAAUGAAAUGAUUUUGGAAGCUUCCCAAAGGUCACUUUCGAGGGAAGACAGGGCAGCGAGUGGCGCGGGAGUCGUUUUUCAACAGCAACCAAAGCCAAAGCGGACCCCGCGUUUGGAGGGGAGCCUUUUGCGGCUCCGUCCGGGAAUCUGCAUGAAACUCUGCGUGUUCGGCCACGACGCCCAUCGUACAAACAAGCGACGCGGUCGCGUCGUCGACGACCCGCUCGGAUUAUCGUCGCCUUCGUCAUCCCGGCCGCUCCCGGAUCGGCCGGCGAGUGCGCGAAAACGUCCGUCUCGUGACGACCUCUGACCUCGUCGGACAAAAGAAGGGACGCGGACGCUGCGGAAGCGCCGUUUCCCCCCAUCGUGCAGCCGCGGCACGAAGGGGAGCGCGACCUCAUCGUCCUCAUCGUCGGGACCGCGAUCCGCCGUCGCGAGCCUCACGUUUGCGAAAAUCAACAGCGACGGCAUCUUCAAGCGGAACCGACGUUUCUCGAUUCACGGCACACAAUUCGCCAACCCAAAAGCGGAUCGACUGCACCGUGUGGCAUUUACUGCCAAUUCAAUGACGGGUUCCGUCUGCCAUGUUGGCAUAGAUCACAGGUGUCAAACUCAAGGCCCCGGGGCCGGAGCCAGCCCCCCACAUGAGCAAAGAAAGUGCGCCGACUUUAUUUUUCAUUUUGGCAAAACACAAUACAAAAUGCCACAUUUUCUUCACCAUUAACAUACACGAAGAGCAUUUCUUCCACCAAAUCCCUUUUUGAACAUGAAUUCAAAAUAGCCGUAUACUCCAAUAUUUGCGUGCCGCAGAUUUUCGUGACUAGCGAUUUCAAAUUCCAUUUGGCAAUUAUACACUUAGAUGUGUUUUUUCUAUUAUGAAAUAUUGUUUUUAUUUGGGAGGAGCCGAAUUCAAAUGAAAUAUAAACAUUUAAACAAACAAAAAAAAAGCCAGUCGGCGGCCCGUAGUGUGAGCGUGUAUACCGCGAACCACCAUGACACACGUUGUCACAAUUCUAGAUGGUACCGAGUCUUGAAUGAAUGCAACAUGCGGGAUUCGGAGAUGUGGGAGUUGGCCGGACGAGUGAGUAAGCCAGAGUAUCGACACCAAAAUAUGAAUAUUCCAAAUAAGUAGUACUGCAUAGUCCAUAAUUCAUAUAAACUCCUUGGUGGAGGCGGAAAAAAAAAACGCAUUCCUGGAUUUGCACUUGUUGAAAGUAAGUCUCGUGCCUCCAACCAAAGACUUUUUUUGGUGAUCCUACUCAAAAGAGUCCCGAACGACACCAGAGGAAAUGAUGGCUCGGGGCGGCCUCGCUGCAUUCAUCACACCGGAACAUCAUCGUGAGCAGGAAGUGAACAUCGUUCGACUGGUUUCUUUGAGAGCGCGCGACAUGAUGAGAUAGAUGUUGGUUGUUGUUUUUUUAACUUAUUAAAAGUACAGAAACUUAACGGCGGGAGAUGAUUGCCACCAAACUGGAAAUAAAAGAGCCCACCUGUUUGCCUCUGGCCGUGCUCUCGUUUUCGUCAUCCCGUCGUUCUCAUCACGCGUCGUAGCUGCGCUUCGGAAACUUCUUUGUGUCCGGUGGCAUAUUUCCCAGCAUUAUCAUUUUCGGGACUUUUUGUGAGCAGAUGGACAAAAGCUCUCUGACUCGGUCGGUUCUGCCUCUGCAAUACAAUUGUCUUCCUGUUAUAUCGGAUUUCGUCAAUAAAAUUGAGAAUUCUUGUUGAAA